UGGUACACAGGAGUCAAUUUGUGGAAACAUUUGUUGAGAAAAGCAGUAUUUUGAAACGCCGAGAUUUGUAAUCGACUUUUUCGACGUCCUUUUUAGUGGUACAUCCUACUUUGUUAGCGAACCCGUUAGCCCGUCCAAGUGGUACAGCCCACUUUUCCUUUCGGAGGCAGGCAGAUUUCCAUCCACAGUUGGCCGGGACGCACGAGGACUACACGGUCCGGUCCAGUCAACGGAGCCAUGGAGCCGCUCUACGGACUUUUAACAACAAUCCUGGUCGUUUGUGGACUCGCCGGUGUAACCAGCAAUUUGGUGGUGGUUCCUGAGACACUGGACGCAGUGCAGGGCAAGAAGAUCACAUUGAACUGCUGGAUCGGGUCAGUGCCCGACCUGAAACUUAUCCAGAGCUCCUGGGAGCGCCAACUCCCUUCAGGCAAGGAGAUUCUCGCAGUGUACCACUCAGAGUACGGGACAUCCAUCCCCACAGAGUUAGCCAAUCGCGUCACCUUCGUUUCUGCCACGACCGGCGAUGUCAGCAUCACCCUGGACAACGUAACCCUUGAUGAUAUCGGCGUAUACACUUGCAAGGCGUCCACUUUUCCACUAGGAAAUUCCCAAGCAUCCACACAAGUCAAUGUAUUAGUGGAGCCCAAAGUGUACGUGUCGGCCAGUCCCGUCGCCCUCGUGGACGGUGAGGGCGAAUCUCUGGUGGCCACCUGCAUCGCAGAGAAAGGCCGCCCCACUGCCGAGGUCUCCUGGGAGACGGACCUGCGCGGCCGUGUGGAGAAACAGACUGUUGAGGAGACUGACGGCACGGUCAGUGUGCAGGUCCGCUACCUGUGGCAGCCGUCAAGCUCCGCCCAGGGCAAGACGCUCACCUGUGUGGUGCACCACCCCGCACUGCAGACAGAGUUCAGGAUACCAUACGUGCUCAAUAUUCAGUUUGCACCGACAGUCAUCAUAGAGGGGGUAGAGAAAAACUGGUAUGCCGGACAAACCGACGUUGUGCUCAUUUGUGACGCACAGGCCAACCCCCCUACCCACCAGUAUUUAUGGGCCAGGUUGGACGGGCCAAUGCCGAAUGGCGUUGAGGCCAUUAGCAACAGGUUUGCGUUCUUACGUCCGCUGGAGCUCAAUGACUCAGGCGUAUACCGCUGCGAAGCCAGCAAUGAUGUCGGCACCCGUAGCCAAGACUUAUCCUUCUGGGUCCAAGAACGCCCAUCUACCACGGCCACCCCUUCUCCCACCACCCGGACGACUAGCAUAGUGUCUGGCACAGAGCGCUCCCAAUUCACCUCCCCCACACUGGCCCCUGAGGGGGACAACAUGCUGGGUGUCAUAGUGGGCGGAGUGGUAAUCGGCCUCUUGUUUCUGAUCCUGGCACCGCUUGCGGCCUGGUUUUGUUUCAUCCGCAAGCGCCGGACCUUCCGGGGCGACUACUACACCAAGCAGUACCUGGGCCCUUCGGACAUGCAGAAGGAGACGCAGCUGGACGUGCUGCAGCCCCACGAGCUCCAAGAGGUGUACGGAGACAAGGCCGACAAAGGCAGUCAGGAGUUGAAGCCGAAACUCUGCGGGGACGUCAUUUACCCCGACUACACGAGUAAGGAACAGGGCGGUGACGACUGGACCGAUCGCGAGGGCGACUACUACCCCGACCCCUACCACGGUCAGAACAUGCACCACCCGUGCGGGCCCCCCGUGCUCACCAACGGCUCGCCCUACCUCUCAAACAACCGCUACAACAACUGCACCGACAGCGACUACGUGGCGCACGUGGACGGCUCGGUCAUUUCACGACGGGAGUGGUACGUCUGAGCAAAACUGAAAAGCGCUUUAUCUUAUAAAGGAGGCCGGAACGCCUCCGCCGCGAUGUGAUCGGCCAACAUUUGGCCUUAUGAAAGUAUUAAGUAUCGGACACGCUCUCAAAGGGAACGUCAGGAAACAAAAGAGAAGGCUUUCCGUUACACACUACUGAAAUGUGAACAGUCGCACAAAUGUCAAAGCCAGACACACCAGAGACUCCCGUGGUUGGCUUUUCUCGCUUUUUACCCCCCUUCCUCAAGGCCGCGUCCUCCGUUUUACUCGGCCUGCGAAAGCUUACCGCAAAUUUUCUUGUUCGAAACGUUUCUUUAAAUUGAUAACCAAAUGUGGGGGCGAUUACGUACUGUAAUCCCACACCCUUCUGUAAGAAAUCCUAAACCCUCUAUGGUUUCACACAGAAAUUUUUCAUUGAAUUUUUUUCCUCCAUUACGGCAAGUUGGACUAUUGGUUCUCACGUCUGCCUGACAGUGUUUUGUUCAAAGCCAGGCAUUGAACUUCAUUUUCUUAGGGAUGGGGACAUUUUAAAAAUGCGCUUCGUUUACCACUGGAAAGCUUGCUUUGUCGACUGUUUGUUUGGCGACCGGUCUGUCAGUGAUCUACGGUAUUAUGAAAAAGUAUCUGAACCUUUUGGAGAUUCUCACAUUUCUGCAUAAAGAUCUUGGUCAAAAUCACACAGAUGAAAAAGCAGUGUCUACUUUUAACUAAAACCACCCAAACAUUUAUAGGUUUUCAUAUUUUAAUGAGAAUAGUAUGCAAACAAUGACAGAAUGGGGAAAAAUAAGUAAGUUGAACCGUCAUAUUUACUAUUUUGUGCCCCCCCCCCCCACCUCCCCUCCCUUUGGCAGCAAUAACUCUAACCAGACGUUUCCUGUUGGGAUGUUUGGCAUGGAUCACUGUCUGUAGGUCAUGCCACAGCAUCUCAAUGGGGUUCAGGUCUGGACUUUGACUUGCCACUCCAGAACGUGUAUUUUGUUUUUCUGAAGCCAUUCUAAAAUUGAUGUACUUCCGUGUUUUUGAUCAUUGUCUUGUUGCAGCAUCCAUCCUCUUUUUAGCUUCAACUGUCUGACAGACUGUCUCAGGUUUUCCUGCAACACAUCCAUUAAUGUUUGCUCGGUGUCCAAGCCCUGAGGGAGCAAAACAGCCCCAUAUCUUGAUGCUCCCUCCACCAUGCUUCACGGUGGGGUUGAUGUGUUGAUGUUGGUGAGCUGUUCCAUUUUUUCCCCACACACAUUACGUGUGUUACUCCCAAACAAUUGAACUGUGGUUUCAUCAGUCCACAUAUUUUGCCAAAACGUCUGUGGAGUGUCCAAGUGCCUUUUUUUUUUAAAUUAAUCGAGCAACAAUAUUUUUUUUAGACAGUAGUGGCUUCCUCCGUGGAGUCCUCCCAUGAACACCAUUCUUGGCCAUAGUUUUACAUAUAGUUGAUAUAUGCACAGGGAUAUUGGACUGUGCCAGCGAUUUCUGUAAGUCUUUAGCAGACACUCUAGCGUUCUUUUUUACCUCUCUGAGUAUUCUGCGCGGAACUCUUGGCGUCAUCUUUGGUGGACGGCCUCUCCUUGGGAGAGAAGCAACAGUGCCAAAUUCUCUCCAUUUGUAGACAACUUCUCUGACUGUUGAUUGAUGAACAUCUGGACUUUUAGAGAUGGUUUUAUAUCCUUUCCCAGCUUUAUACAAAUCCAAAAUCCUUGAUCGCAGGUCUUCAGACAGCUCUUUUGACCGAGCCAUGAUCCACAUCAGACAAUGUUUCUCAUCAAGACAUUCCUUACCAGGUGUGUGUUUUAUAGUGGGCAGGGCAGCUUUAAACCACUCAUUAUUGAUCGGGCACACACCCUACUUUUUGUUUGGUAAAAAUUGGUUUCAAUUGCUCUUUUAAGUCUCCUUUGGCAGAGGGUUCACUUUAGGAGUGGGAACUUCUUGGUACCUCACGAAACGAUUUUUGAUACAAAGCUCACGAUAACGAUGAUCUGACGAUAUGGCGAUACAACGAUUAUCGAUACAUCGGUCAGGAAAUCAUUCUAGUAUAUUCUACAAACAACUAAUAAACAGAAAAACAAGCUUCUGCUGUGAAUUGGAAUGAGUUCAUCACUAGUAGACGUCCAAUCCGUUUGAACUGGGAGGGUGGCAGCGAAUGAACAUUCGUUCAUUCGCUGCCAUCCCUCCCACUUCAAACGGAUUGAACGUCUAUGGCGGUCGGUGGCAGCCAAUGCCAGGCAAUGAGGUAAUUUUGGGCCAUUUAAGGUAAUUUCCCAGUUGAUUUUCAGUUACUUCCUGUUGAUUUUGGGGUAUUUUAGGGGCCUCUUCCUGUUUGUUUUGACUUACAGAACAGGAAAUGACCAGGGAAUCACCCAAAUGAAUAUGCAGUGACUUAAACUCAACAGGAAAUUACCUGAAAUGCCCUAAAAUGAACAGCAAGUGACCUGUAAAUGCCUGAAAAUCUGAUAGAAUGACUGUGAAUGAUCUGGUUUUGAAUGAACGAAUGUUCCCAGUCUAAAUGGAUGGGGGGUCGAGCACCGUCAAUGCAGCCUUAGAAUUAACUGAGACACUAUUAUGGUAGAAGAUUUUGGUAGCAACUUGUUGGUUCAUUUUUAUUUUUUUUGAGACAUUGACACCUUUUUUAAACGAUAUCUCCAUUCUUGGCAGGAGCAUAUCGAUAGCCUUUUUUUUUUAUAUCACCAUUUCGAUAUUUUGUCACACCCCUAGUUCACUUACUUAUUUUUUCCCCCCGUCAUUGUUUGCAUGUUAUCCUCAUUAAAAUAUGAAAACCUAUAAAUGUUAGGGUGGUUUUAGUUAAAGCAGACACUGUAUUUUCAUCUGUAUGAUUUUGACAAAGAUCAGAUCACAUUUGAUAGUGAUUUUAUGCCGAAAUUUGAGAAAUUCCCAAAGGUUUAGAUACUUUUUCAUCCCACUGUACAUUGUUUUUUGGCCUAUCAGUGUUUUGUUCAUACUUAUUUAAGAAUUUUGUUUGAAAAUUUUCGGAGGAUUUUUGCGUACAUUCACCAAGUCUAAAUGUGAAAGGCUUGCACUCUGUGGUGAACUUCACUUUCUCAUCAUAUUUAAUGCAGCUCACUCAUCACCCUAAAAUCAAUGUUUAUGUAAUUUCCCAUCAAAGUGCCGCGUUGCAGAUGUGACGCCGCCAUCUGUUGAAGGUUUUUUUUUUUUUUUUUUUGCGCUACCAUGUAAACCGUCGUCAUUUUCUCCCGCCGCGCCGCACCAGCGUCGGCGAGUAAGAAAAAGUUUGCCGGGACGACAUCUUGGCGGAAACAUUGUUAGCCGCUGACAUCACCGCCCAUCGCGGAACAGUUCGCUCGCUCGUCACGGGAAAAAAAGUCAAAAGAAACGUGAUCCGCCGUCGGGAGGGGAAGAAGCACGGAAAAGCUCCCAAGAAGACUUUUUUUUUCUUCUCUCCAACACACAACUCACAUAAAAGCACUGACAUCACCACUUGGGAGCGCUGAACAAACCAGCACUUUCUUAGCUGCUAUCAAAGAGGAUGUGCUUAUGUCAAAUUGGACUAAAAUCAAAAUACAGAGAUGCCUUGACAUGAGACACAAAGACCAAUUUCAGCUAUUUAGUCAGGGCGAGUGCGUCCGGGCGUCGCCGCCCGUUUGGGGUUUUGCGCACUGCCGCUUGUGGGCGCAUCUCGGCCCCGCCCUUGCUGAGAAUAAACCGCUUUAAUGUUGCACGAGCGUGCGCGCGGCGCCCACAUCGGGGGAGCAGCCCUUGCCUCAAAUUUCCUACUUAGCCUCUGGCUAAAUCGGUCGCUUGCGGCGCAUCUGCGCCUGGACGGAAGAUGACGGAAGUUUAAAAAAAAAAAAAAAAGUUUUUAGGGAGUUGUAUUGUUAAUUCAUUUUCUGUCUUUGACAAACCAGAGUUACUCCAAAAAUGAUAUAUAUAUAUAUAUAUUUUUUUUUACAUUGACCACGCAGUAACUUCUGACACUUAAGAGAACACAUUGACAACCUCACGACUAUUAUAAUGGCUUUAAAGGCAGAAUUUUUGACAUCAGGCUUAAUCUUAGAGUUAGCGAGGGCCUAAUUAGUCAGAGGAGUUGAUUUCAACAUAUUCUGUGUAGUUUGCUGGUUUAGCAUGCCUAGGGUGACCAUAUUUUGAUUUCCAAAAAAGAGGACACUCGGCCCGGCUUCGAGAUACUUGAUUUUUACUCGAAGAUCACUCAAAGAUGCGUAUAUCUCCCACUUUUUUUUUACUCAACAGGCUUUAUUCUUCCUAAAAAAAUAAUCAAACAAUAAAAAAAAUAAUAAUAAUAAUUAUUAUUAUUAUUAUUUAAAAAAUAAUAUAAUGCAGACUCCUGGAAAUGUAGUCCAGUUAAUACACACACACACAGUUGGCUAUGUGCCAACUCAACAUUUUUUAAAAUUACGAUCACGACAAUUGUCGUUAACAAAAUGUUAUUCCCACUCAAUUCUCAUAUAAUGUUUUAAAUUGUACGCAAACAAUAACUGAAAUAAACUGACAAGCGAUUCAACCAGCAUGUUUCCAAACGCAGCAGUUCAAAUUCAAAACUACAUUGCCCAUAAUGCCUAGCGCAGCUCAAAAAUUGCUACCCUAUUAGCGUAUACGGGAGCCGAGGCAAAAUCAGACUUUGCUAUAUAAGUUUACUACCAUCGGCAGCGCAAAGAUGCGACAACAAACGGGAUUUAACAGAUUACACCAGUACAAAUCUCCGACAGAAGUCAACAGUUGCCAUUAUAUACGUAUUUAUCGUAAAAAAAAAAAAAACUCAUAAGCAACACAGCUAUUUAGCUAUACUAGCAUUCAACCAUUAACUAACGCAGAACAAUUACAAAACUCAUACAAUGUACUGCAUCUCUGUGUACACAUAUAACCCUAUUUACAACAGAAGACAUGUAAUCGACAUUAACAGGAGAAACUUACAGAAAGGUGUAUGGAGCCACGUCUUUUAGAACUUCUUAUUGAACUCCUUACUGUACUCUGAGCUCUCGCCAAACCGUCAGUAGAUGGUGGUAAUUCCCCAUGAAACAAAGGGUGUACUGCAAACAAAAAAGAUCUACUCCUUCUCCCGCCCCAACUAGUCGGAGCAACGUCAACGCAGGCAAGCCCUGCCCUCUAGCAACCGGAGGAAUUCUCUUCAAGUUGGUCCCGUAAAAAAAAUCAUAAAAACCGGGACAUUUUUAUGAAUUUAUAAAACCCGCCCGGACAACGAGGAUACUGCGUGAAAGUAGGACUUGUCCGGGCAAAAGAGGACGUUUGGUCACCCUAAGCAUGCCAAUAAAAAAAACAACAUAUGCAGUAGGGGUGUAACGGUACACAAAAAUCUCGGUUCGGUACGUACCUCGGUUUUGAGGUCAUGGUUCGGUUCAUUUUCGGUACAGUA